AUGGUAAUGUUAUUGGUAAUGUUAUUGUAUCGUAGAGUAUUGUGUAGUUUAAAAACGAUUGAAAAGAGUUUUACAACAUUUGAUAAAAAAUAUGACAAAUGUUAUAAUGUGUUACCCUUCACUCAGAAUGAAAAGAUUCUAAUAAACAACGCAAUAAUUAGCUUAGCAAAUGACUGUAAAUUAAGUAAUUUGGGGCAAAAUCUUGGGAUUCCGCUGUUUUUUAUUAAAAAUUCAGACUUUAGGAAUAGUUUAAUAUCUUACUGGGAUAAAUCAAACGAAUUUAAGUCCUUUUUAAGGCAAAAUUUAACUGUACUAAAGGAUAGCAAUUUAGACGAAGAUUUAUCCCUCAAAUUUGUCAAAUUUAUAGAAACUUUUAUCAAGGAUAAUCUCCCAAAUAUUUUCAUCACCUUAAAUAAUCUCAAACAUUUCUCCGAUUUUUCUAGAAUUUCACAUUUAUACCAUAAUUACAAUAACGUAACGAAUAAUACAUCCGCUCCUAAUGGUAUCAAUGUUAGUAGCUGUAGGAAUGUGUAUUUACACGUUGGACCUCCAAAUAGUGGGAAAACACAUGAUGCUAUAAAAGCGCUUUUGUCUAGCAGUUCUGGUGUUUAUUGUGCUCCUUUACGGUUACUCGCUUGGGAAAUGUUUAACACAAUUAACAAUUCUGGCAUUAAAUGUGCUCUUUUAACUGGUCAAGAAGUUGUAGAUAAUGGUGAGUCUCAUGUGUCAUGUACCGUUGAGAUGAUACCAUUUGAAAGAAGGUUUGAAGUGGCAGUUUUGGACGAAAUGCAAAUGAUCGGUGACUUGACAAGAGGAUACUCUUGGACCAAAGCCUUUCUAUCACUCAAUGUGCCUGAAUUGCACAUUUGCGGAAGUAAAUCCUGCAUUUCUAUUACAGCUAAUCUCGCCAAUAUCCGAGGAGAUAAAUUGGAGGUGUUUGAGCAUGAACGUUUGGGCAAUUUGAAGGUUAUGGAUAAAACUAUUGGACUUGAUGAACUGGAACCAGGUGACUGCGUAGUCUGUUUCUCACGCUUUGAUGCGUUUACCAUACGCAAUAACAUAGAAUCUAUGAAUUACACAUGGAAUAAUAUGAAGGAAGAAUGUGUAACAAGUAUUGUGUAUGGACUAUUGCCGCCAGAAACAAGAUAUGAACAAAUAGAAAGAUUUAAUAAAGGAGUAACAAAGGUGUUGAUAGCUUCAGAUGUGAUUGGAAUGGGAGUUAACGCGUCAAUUAGACGUUUGAUUUUCUAUAGAUUAACAAAGUUUGACGGAAAUCUUUUAAGACCUUUGACUGUGUCUGAAGUGCAUCAAAUUGCAGGUCGAGCUGGUAGGUUUGGAAUUAUUCCCGAGGGAUUCGUUUCCUGUGUCAGGGAACAGGAUUUAAAAACUUUGAGAGAAUUGAUGAAUAAGGAAGUGAGUCAAAUUGAUAAGGCAGUGAUUUCACCACCACUCGAUACCAUUGGAGCCUUUUACACAACACUUAAACAGUUCACGGGAGAACAACAUUCAUUAAUCAAUACGAUUCAAUUGUACCUAGUUAUAUUUAUGUAUAUAGUAACGUAUGAGUGUAGGAUUGGUUCGAUUGGGAGGGUCGGCGAGCGUUUUCAGAUGUGUGAUUUUGCUCAAAUCAACUCAGUUUCAAAGUGUUUAGAAGGAAUAAACCUGCCAUUUGAAAUCUUGAAAGAGUAUUUAAUGGUGCCGAUGGGAUCAACACUGGUUUCACUCAUCGUUAGGGCGUUUGCUGCAAGCCACUCAUUACUCAAUUCAGUUAAAAUCUCAAACAUUAUACAGCCGGAAUUUUUAUCAAAUAACACGAAUUCCAAUGAAUCAUCAGAUAGCAAUGACUUGUCAGAUGACAGUUUGGAUAAUCUUUGUAAAAACACCCAGAUAAAGCGUUUAGAAAUACUUUACGAGGUUUUGGACAUUUACACUUGGUUGUCUAACAAGUUUCCGUUGGUUUACGUGGACAAAAUCGCUGUAAAAGAGUUGAAAAGCAGGGUAGCAAAGACACUCUCUAAAUUAGUUCGCGAACCAAACGAAGUUGUGCAAGAAGACGAAAAUGAUUUAAACAUAGUUAAGAAUAUUCUAAGGCCUGAGAGGGUGGUGCUAUACCAUCCUCGUCGGGUAAAGGCGGUUGACCUUGAUCAGGCAUUGGUGGCUGUGUUUGGUCAGGUAAAGGUGGUUGCUGUGCAUACCCGUUUGGUUGAGUGUAUCCAUUUGACUGAAUGUAUGGAUUCGGUUGUGCAUAAGGAUUGGGUUGUACAUAUGGUUGAGUUUGUGUCUGAGGGUUUGCAUAGUAUUGUUGCAUCUGGUUAUAGUACUGUUGAUACUGUAAGGUUUGAUAUUGUUGUUGGUAGUAGGCCAUUUGAUACUGUUGGUAUCUCUGAGCACUAUCCGCGUCUUGUUGAACUCCUACCACUGAUUUUACCUCCUACAAAUUUAUAUAAUAUUGUAAAUAUAUUAAUGGUAUAA